AUGAUUUUAAGGAUAUCCUACAAGUAUUUUCUGGUGGGCCUGUUUGAUCUUGUCUCGUUCUUUUCCAAAAUAUACGGCAAUUGUGCAUCCAUUAAAAGCAUCGGUGUAAAGUAUCCCAGGCAUCUGGGCAUCUUGAUUUCAAACACGUGCGAAUGUGAUCUUUUGGGGCUUCUAACGUAUUUGAUAGAUGCAUCGGAAGUUAAAAAGCUCUCAAUCUUUACCACGUCCCUCCAAGACUACCGGUCUGUGUUGAAAUGCUUUCAACCCGGACAGAGAAUCCUUGAAGACUCCGCGUCUUGCAAACUAUGCACCCCCGAAUUUCAAGUGGCAUGGCGAGGCCUUUUGAUUUCCAUUUGGAAGCCAUAUGAAGGACACGAAUUAAUACAACAUAGCGAGCUUCCCGCCAUUUCAGGAUCCACCCGAAGCUCUUUUGCCAGUGUUUUUGGACACAACCUUGGCUGUGACGUUGACCUAUUCGUUUCCAACCAACAGUUUCUCACCUUGGAUGGAAUUCCGCCGCAACUGAUAAAGUUUACCGAGUUUUUGUAA